AUGGGUAACAAUACAGAAGAAAACAAUUACCUUGAUAAUGAAUCCCGUAUGGAAUCAGGUGCUUCGCAUUCUGAUCAGUCCAUAGAGACAGAUGACAUGGAUACACAGUCUUUGUCAAACGAGUCUGAAAAUAAUCAAAAAACGCAAUUUGAAAAUUACACUCUAUCGGUCGGUAAUUCAUCAGAAUUAACCAAAGAAAUAUUUCAAGAUGAUGGAGUAGGAAACGCGACUCAUGGUUAUCAACCUAAAGAGACACAGCUGCAGAAUGUUGAAAGAGGUCAAUUUUUGAAAGUUGAAAGGAAAUUACACGAAGAUGGUUUGCUAGCAAUAUGUGAAGUUCACGUUUUUGCGGAUUGUCUUGUAAACAAAUGCGGAUGGAACUGUUCAUUACCAUGUUAUUGCCAAGGCGAUGUCACCGGAACCGUGAAAAUUGAUGGUUUAUGUCCUAGUGGUUGUCUUUCUGGAUGGACUGGAAAUGGCGGGAAAUGUGACAUCGGAUGUUGGGGAGAUGAAUGCGAGAAUGAAUGUGGUAACUGUUUAGAGCAGCCAUGUAAUACAGGCAAUGGAGAAUGUUCUGGUGGCUGUAACGGACCGUGGUAUCCACCUCUGUGUAUUCUAGGCUGUGACAGUAACACUUAUGGUAUAAACUGUUCCAAUAGUUGUGGCAACUGUAGAAAUGACGUCCGAUGUGAUAUUAUUACCGGAGUUUGUCCGGAUGGGUGUGAUGAUGGCUGGCAUCUCGCUAAUUGCAAAACCGAAUGUGCGAAUGGAACCUAUGGGUUAAACUGUUCUGGACGUUGUGGGUAUUGCUUUGGAGGAGGAACAUGCGAUCAUGUCACUGGGUAUUGUCCUGAUCGUUGUGCAGCGGGUUAUGUCGGCAAUAUGUGUAUUGAUGAGUGCAGUAACGGAACGUACGGUCUGAAUUGCUCCAACCGGUGUGGUUAUUGUCUGAACAACGUAGCUUGUAAUCCUGUAAGUGGAAUUUGCGAAACAGGUUGCCAAGAAGGAUGGAGGGGUGACACUUGUGUUGAAGCAAUCGGCGACGGAUCUCAGCAUGAGGCACAAGGACCAUCAUUCGCUGUCGGGGUAAUCGUCGGUGUCAUUUCCGCCCUAGGUGUUGUUGGACUGGCUGGCGCUUUACGCUGGAUAAUUAUUCUACAAAGAAGGAAAACAAAGAAAACAGAACAGAAUGUAUACUCAAGCCCAAGCUAUGGUUGUAAUGGAACGUCUCCAUAUUCACCGAACUAUGAUGUUCUCGAUCACAGUCAUACAAACCAAGACCUUGGUAUCUAUUAUAAUUCUGAAGUAUACAUACACCAAAGUGAAAAUGAUACAGGAUAAAUUUGCACAAAAGAAGAUACAGUCAUUUUAAUGAGAAUGACAAUUUACUCUAUUUGAACUUGUAAAACAUGUUUGUUCUAUUGGAGAAAAGCAAUAUUCUAACAAAUAAUCCUUAUUUAAAACAUAGAAAUUUUUAUUUGGACAACAAAAUUCGACAUUAUCGAAAAAUGAGAGUUAUUUUUGUGUGUGUUUAAACAUACCUUUUUAUAUAAGCAAUUAGUUAAAUCGUUACAGAAAAAAAUAUAC